AUGAGAAAUCUACAGUCAACCAUUGAGUUGAUCUGCGAGAUGAACGGGAUCAUAGCACCACCCAACAUUGACGACCUGGCAGACUCCAACUCACCCGUCACUGCCGCCGACGUAGCUAAGCUGCGUGAGAUGGUGAACCGCUGGUGCCAUAAAUCUCAAGACAAUGGCGCCGAUCCAGUGGCAGAUAGCAGCAUUGAUGAAGAAGACAACCCCCAUCAAAGUGUUCCUACAGGAGUCCAGGAAACCGAUGACCAUGACACGGCAGAGAGCGGCACAUCAACCAAUCUCCAGACCUCAAACGAACGCUCAGAACCGGACAGUCCUAGCACGUACAGGCAAGCCAGUCAGAAAAGAACACCGUCCCCAGCGCAUGGCCAUAAGGGAGACCAGGAAAGCCUGCCACAUUCCAGCGCUGCCCCAAGCAAGAGUAAUGCCGAUGCUGAAGAGAACGCCACCUUUGACUGUGAUGAAUGCAGAGCAACCUUCAAGAACAGGCACACCUUGAAGCAGCACAGCGAGCAGGUGCAUGUAGGAACCACUUGUUACUGGCCCAAGUGCAACAAGGAAUUCGACAACGAAAAAGAAGUCAAGAGCCACUUCUGGGAACAUUGGGACCCACGCUUGAACAAUAACCAGAUGUACAAGUGCAACUGGCCUGGAUGUGGCAGAUAUUUUGCGAGGAAACAGCAGGUCGGUCGGCAUUUCAGCAUGCACAAUGUUGGAGCACGCCGGGAUGAAGAGGAGCAAGACACAGACAAUGAAGAGGACAGCGGUGACGAAGAUGUUGAGAGUGAGGAGUAG